GGUGCAUUGUGGGGAGGAAAGUCGCUGCCAUUCGACCUCUGCGGGGCCUGCGCGGACGCAGCGAGAACCCUCAAAUUCAUUAUGCCUUUAAAACCUUUAUUUAUUUCCGCAUAACCUACAUACUCUCGCCGGGAGGGCCACAGCGGAGAAACGACACGACGACUGGCCAUCUCCUUCGGAAAAUACACACUUUACAGUUUAAUCAUUUGUUUUGGAGGAGCGUAGUGUUUGGAAAGUGCAGUUUGACAUUUAUUUUAGGUGAAAAUGUCUGGGGAAAGAAACCGCAGGUCGCUGGCUUUCCGAGGAGGUGGAAUGGCCGCGUUUGCGGGGUCCAGUAUCGGUAACAGCUGGGAGGCCCCGGCCUGUCAAGACCGACAUCUGAACGGGACCAGGCCGGAUCAAGAGGAGGACGGGGAUCUGGGGACGAAAGGACCGUCACAGAAGAGAGUGGAAGGAGACAGCACGGAGCCCGAAGCAGAGGAGGAAGAAGAGGACCCGGAAGGGGGCAGCUGGGCAGCGGGGAUUCAAGAAGACAGUCACCGUGAGACGGAGGACGGGUCCGGGGAGGGGGCUAGCUGGACAGCGGGGAACGGUCCCAGCAGCGCCGACAGCUUGGAAACGGGAAGCGGCAGCGAGUCCAGGAAAUCUGGGGUCGAGAUGAGACCGCAGACACUGCUCCAGAAACACGCACUGUUUCACGCUUCAUGGCUUCAAGAAUUCCCCUGGCUAAAAUUCUGCCAAGAAACGGGACUUAUGUCGUGUUCCUGGUGCCACAACAUUGGCACAAAAAACAGCGACGAGCUUGUCAAAGGCAGCCGCAACUACAAGCGGGCCCUGCUGCUCAGGCAUCACCUGUCUUCAGAGCACGGCAGGAAUGACCCCACCAAACAGGAGCCAGUGCGCACCUCUGAGAACACCAGCCCAUCCACUAACUGCUCAGAGGAAGACUAUCGCGCCAAACCCAAUGAGAAUUCUUACUGUUACCAGCUGCUGCAAGAGCUGGACAAGCAGCGAAAGAGUGGCAUCCUGUGUGAUGUAAGCAUCGUGGUGUCAGGCCAGGUCUUCAGAGCUCAUAAGAACAUCCUAGUGGCCGGGAGCCGUUACUUCAAGACCCUGUACUGUCUGACCAAGAGCGAGGCUCAGGACCACACCACGGUCACUCACCUGGACGUCGCUGCGGUACAGGGGUUCUCUGUCAUCCUCGAUUUCCUCUACUCUGGAAACCUGCUGCUCACAAGCCAAAACGUCAUAGAGGUCAUGUCAGUGGCCAGUUACCUCCAGAUGACUGAGGUGGUCCAGUCAUGCCGAGCCUUCAUCAAAGAUGCCCUGAACAUCAGCAUUAAGCAGGAGGCCCCAGACUCUGUUGUGGUGGACUAUAACAAGAGGCAAACGGUGGCCAAAGAGGGACAAAGGGGGCUAGACCGCAAGCCAAGCAACUUCUGGGCCACAAGCAUCCUGUCCAAGCUGUCAAUCAAGGCAAGCAACAGUCAGGGCAAAGAAGCGGCGGAGGACUUGGGCAGCCGAGUCAAGGAGGAGCCCAGUGAUGUGGAGGUGAGUCUGGGGGAGGGCUGUGCCCUGGUGACCCCCGGAGCCUCUGACAGCUGGGCCAACCAAAGCUCGCCCAAUUCAGCAGAAGCCAAUGACGGUCGGGCAGCUGGCAGCCAGAUGCAGGUUUUCGUCUGGAACGAGCCACCCACAGGGGGCGCCGCAGCAGCUCCUGCUGCAGUGAAGAGGGAACCAGCUGAUGGAGUGGCAGGCAGCGGGCGCAGGAAAAAGCAGACCACCACACGGCGAUUUGUGUACAACUUUCCCCCUGAGCCUGAAGAAGGCUUUGAUGAAGGCAUGUUUGUUCAACCAUCAGCCUCAUACCCUCGAGAGGAUCUGUCCUCUCUCUCAGAAAACGCAGAACUGGCCAAUCAGAUACAAUACAGCAUCAUCCAAGACAUACAGCCAGGGGAAACCUGGGAGAAUGGUGAGUCGUCACAUUUAGCCCUCAAUAAGCUCAAGUGCCCCCACUGUAACUACAUUGCUAAGCACCGGCGCACGCUCAAAAGGCACCUGAUCAUCCACUCAGGUGUGCGCUCCUUCAGCUGUGACAUCUGUGGCAAACUCUUCACCCGCCGCGAGCAUGUCAAGAGACAUUCCCUGGUGCACAAGAAGGACAAGAAGUACAAGUGCAUGGUGUGUAAGAAGAUCUUCAUGCUAGCGGCGAGCGUGGGCAUCCAGCACGGCUCGCGGCGAUACGGCGUGUGCGUGGACUGUGACACUCAGCAGGCCACACAGGACGGUCUGGAAGCCAUGGAGGCCAUGGAGUUCCCCCGCGACGAAGACUUUGAUGGAGAGGAUGACCUGGAGGGGGAGGAGCCUACUGACAAUGACCAAUCAAACUGGGGCAACGCUGGUGCUGCCCUAGACGAGGACUAGUUUUAGUAAGCUUAAUGAAAGAGAUAAGUUGAUGUUUAAUAUAUGUAUACAAAAACUAGCUGUAAACAAUCAACUCCAAAGUGCUAUCAAACCUUGAGGUAACGUAAUUGUGCAAGAAAAUGACAAAGAUAUGGAUUUAAAAAGCUUUGGGUAGAGAUGUACAGAUAAUAUUAUUGAGAUGUAUCCAACUCUGGGCCCAACGUCCACAAGAGAAAGAAUCAAAAGACAAAUUCUAAACAAAUCAGGUUUAUUAUGGUGAUGUAUUUUGUAUUUUAUUUCCUGUUUUUAUUCUGAGUUGGGUCGGGUGCUGAUGUAGUUUUUGAGUUGGGUUAGGCCAAUCAUCUAAAAGAGAGACAUGUUAAUUAUUUAAUUUAUGAAGAGGUUUUUAUGGUCUUAUCAAAUGCUAUUAUUUGUAUGUGUAUGUUUGUGUGUAGCAGGACAGUGUGCUCCUGCUCUAGUCUAUUGCUCUGUGCUUGUAGAACUGCACAGAGAGCGUUAUUGCUGAGAGGAAGGUUUGCUCUGUAGAUGUCUAUGUUUAAAUGCGCUAAAUGUUAUUAUAUUAUUUCUAUUUUACUUUUCUUUCCCUGCACAAAUCUUGGAACCAAAAAAUCUGUUUUGUGACUCUAAUGAUUCCCAGCCAUAUUUAUAAUUAAUUUAAGAGGGCUGUGAUCUUGUGCCAAACAGACCGCACACCAAGAUUUUGCAGGAGAUUAAAAAACUACUGAAUACGCUUAAAGAAAGAAAACGUGUAUAAAAAGAGUGGACAAGGGGAAAUGUUAUUGCUAGCUUUAUACAAAUCACGGCGUCACAGUAACACUUUAUUAUUAAACAAAAGCAUUUGACUUUCACUUAAAGCUUGAAUUUUUGCCAAAUGAUGAAACGUUUGGUGCUGUAUUGCUUGUCGCAGAAUACUGGACCUAUAGACUAUAUAUGAGGAGACUCAGUUAUAUGUAAUGUAAUCCGCUUCUACUAUUGACACUGUUUGCUACAGCGACUAUCAGGUAUGCCUCGCCAUUGUUUUUAAGCUUUUAUUUAACGCACACACACGGACACAUACCAUUUUUAAGUCUACCGGCAGUACUUAUAAUAGAGGACCUAACACCAUCAGUUUGUUUGGUACUGAAUUGUUAUAUUUUGAAUCACUUGAAAGUUGCUUGUUAAAAAAGGGGGAGCAUGAUGUCUUUCCAUUUUCAAAGAACUCCAUGUUAAAAACCAAAACUGUUAUUAUAAUUUGUUGAAUUUUGAUUUGCUGUACGUCUGCCAGGUAGAAAAACACUUUGUUCCAUGUAAAGUGAAUGGCGCCUCAUAGACAUGCACUUACUUUUGCGAGAAUAAUUUUGUAUUUUAUUUUAUUUUCCUCCCCCUAAAGCGGGUCUGAAAGGAACUAUAUGAAACUGUUGUGUGUCUUUCUUCCAAAUGCGCAACUUUUUUAUUCAUUUUUUUUGUUAUUUAACAUUUUAUAUAUAUAUUGACUCCAAAAUGCAAUCAAGACUGUUAAUAAUUUCUAUUUGUCCAACCAAAAUUUUGUUUUUGUUUUUUUUAAUUAUUGUUCUAAUGUAUAAGAAAAAGCCAGGUUGCAUAGUGUAGAGAUUCCUCGCUUGUGUCUGUAAUUGUUCAGAUUUUUCAAUGUUUUUAUGCUACAGAAUCAUUCACUUUACCUAGACAAUGUUUUUAAUGAUUUUCCACAGAUCUUUCCUGUUUCCUUUGGUUAAGCACAUAUUUUGUACAGAGAAUAAGGAUUGUUUGCGGGUUUAAUGUGGAACAGCAGUAUCUGUUCUUAUGCAGUGGAGGAUGUACUAAGUGCUAAUGCUACAAAACAUGUGUGACUUCCCUUUACUCUCAGUGGAAGACGUCUUCAUCCUCAUCGUGUCACUUUUACCUUCAAAUCACUGUGGGCUUAUAGGCUUAUAUUAUAAAUAUAUAUAUAUGUUGAGACUAUAAGAGAAGAAUAUAUAUAUAUAUGAAGAUUCUAUUAUUUAACUAGUGAGUUUAAAGGCACGCUUUGGCUCCACAAAUCUCUAUGUCAAGGUUAAGUUGUAUCUCUCCACGCUGCGUGCUUGUUGACCACGCCAUCCUGUUCUGUUUGUUCUUUUGAUACUAUUACCAUCCUACUGAUUUCACUGUAAUGAAUGAAACUCAAAAGUACCAUGUAUCAUUUUACAAUUUAAUGCUGUAUUUGUUAUACGGACAAAGAAAAAAACUCAAAACACUACAGAUGUAAAAGCAGAGGUUUUUCCCCGGCUGUAUUUUUUUACGCUGUUUUUUCGCAGAUAAAAGGUUGUAUUUUUCAAUUUUCUCGAACAUAAACAGUGAUGCAAAACGUCGGGCCUUACCUCAGUGCCCUCCGAACACAGAUUCAGGUUACUCUUUUUACGUUUUUAUCAAAGGUUUUCAAAGAUGGAACUACAUUCUCCUUUUUUCUGUCUGAAUUGUACUACUGUUCCUCUAUACUACAUUUUAAGAAUAAAACUUUGAUAUUGCUUUAAAA